AAACGCACACGCAAAGCCACAAAGGUGAGUGAACUGAAAAAAAAAAUAGAAAAAAAAAAUCUAACAGUGUAAAAAGUGCGCCGGCAGACCAGCCUACAAAUGGCCAAGCUUUCUCCACGUGGCGUCUCUCUCCUGCGAUCUUUCUCCUCCUUCCUCUGCGCUCCUCCAGCUACUUCGCCAUUGCUUCACACCAACAAGCUCAAUAUAUUCUUCUCCUAUACCACCAUGGACAAAACCCCACAAGAAUCCAUAAAGGAUCAGCUCAGAGAAGGGUACAACAAGGAAACCAGCGAGUACAAUGCUUCAGACAAUAUACUCCCUCACAUUUUCAAUAUCUAUGCAUCACGUGCAACACCUCAAGAUUUUGAAAUUUAUGCUCCUGAUGCAACCUUUGAAGAUCCUCUUAUGUGUGCACAUGGGGUAAGCCAAAUCAAAUCCGCAUUCUAUUCACUUGGCAAGAUUUUCAGUGAAUCAAGAAUUGUUGAAUAUAGCUUGACAGAAAAUGAGAUAUCUCCUGGAAAGAAAGAGAUACUAAUUGAUAACAAGCAAUACUACAAGUUCAUGGGUAGAGACAUCAAUAUGGUAUCGCUCAUCAAGUUGUACACUGAUGGAGGAAAGGUUGUUCGCCAUGAAGAUUGUUGGGAUAAGAAACCACUCCGGAACCAGAACACGGUGACGCUACCACUUGUUGGGAGGAUGUUCGAGCUCUCGCGUAGAGCCUCGAUGCUGGCAACUCAUGCAGUGAUGGGGUUUGGAAGGGAUCCACCAAAUCCUGUCAUGUAAACCAUUCCCUUUGGAAGUGAAAAUUAUGUAGGUUUAUCUACCCCCUUGGUGUUUUCAGUUUGCAUCCUUAAUUUCAUAGAAAUAUAUAAUGUGGGGAUGUUUUGUUUACAUUGUAUACAAAAGAAAUGUAGGUGGUGCAGUUACUUUGGACUUUGGAGUAUAUCUAUGUAAACCAAAUAUGUUGAAUUGGGCUGAUGGAGUUUGUUGUGGGUGAAAAGGGGUCCUAGAAUAAUCCUACAAAAAGUAAUGCUUCUAUUGUUUUAUACAUUUAGGUUAUAAAGAACAUGUACUAUAAGUUUUAGAGAAAUAAUAUAUACUAUUGUUUUAUGAAACAUUA